UUUUGUAAAUAAUUACAUCUUUGUUUUGUUUUUAAAACAGUUUACGACAGAAAAUUUACGAAAGCAGUGGAAAAUAGUCGGAUUUUUCGUUUAUCUUAACAAUCGGCUUUGGUUAAUUAAGGUUAUUCAUUUGGCAAAUAAUUAAACUUACCAUAGUUUAUAGCUAUCUUUUGUAAUAAGCGACUUUUUCACCUAAUUUCAAAAAACAUUUGCUGUCAGUUAUUAGGAUACUUCUUGGGAGCUUUUUCAUCAACUUUAAAACAUGAAAAUGGCUGAUGAAGAAGAAGAAAAGGAGUAUAGGUGGGAAACUGGUUAUGAAAAAACAUGGGAAGCAAUUCAAGAAGAUGAUCAUGGAAUGCUUGAAGCUUCAGUGGCAGAUAUCAUACACAAGGCAAAAAGAAAAAGGCAGCUGGACAGAAAAGAAGGAUCACGAUUGGGAAUGAUGAGACACUUAUUCAUUAUUCUUGAUUGUUCUGAAUCAAUGACAAAUCAGGACUUGAAACCAACACGUUUUUUAUGCUCUCUCAAGCUUCUUGAAGAUUUUAUAGAAGAAUUUUUUUACCAAAAUCCAAUCAGCCAAUUAGGUAUCAUUGCUUCUAGAAAUAAGAGGGCGGAAAAAGUUACUGAUUUAACAGGAAAUUCUAAGAAGCCUCUUAAGGACCUGAAUAAUUUACAACAAACUUCAUUUACUGGAGAACCUUCACUGCAAAACUCGUUAGACCUUGCUUUGAAAACAUUAAAAUUGCUUCCAUCUCAUGCAAGCAAAGAAAUAUUAGUCAUUAUGGGUUCACUAACUACUUGUGAUCCUGGUGAUAUAGGUGAAACAAUAAAGACUUUGAAAGCCGAAAGUGUACGAUGCAGUGUGAUUGGAUUGGCAGCGGAAUUGAAUAUUUGUAAAUUAUUGGCUGUUAACACUGGUGGAGAGCACGGAGUUGUAUUGGAUGAUAAGCAUUUUAAAGAAAAAUUAACUGCUCAAGUCGACCCACCACCUGCAGCCAUGAGAUUAGAUGCAGCUUUGGUCAAAAUGGGGUUCCCUCAUCACGCUCUACACGCAUCUACAACAGAAUUAUCAGUGGCUGUGUGCAUGUGUCAUGCUGACAAGCCUGAUGAAACUUCUCGCUUCACAAAUCCAGGAUACCUGUGUCCCCAGUGCUUUAGUAAACACUGCGAGUUACCUGUAGAAUGUAGGGCAUGUGGACUAACACUGGUUUCUGCUCCACAUUUGGCACGAUCGUAUCAUUACUUGUUUCCUAUAAAACAUUUCAAAGAAGUACAGUACGAAGGAAACUCACAGAGUUGUUACGCAUGCCAAAAAACUUUUGUUGAACUUGACAAGAAGGUUUACGUUUGUGAAAAAUGUACGCAAACAUUUUGCUUGGAUUGUGAAAUUUUUAUUCACGAAUCUUUACACACUUGUCCUGGCUGUGCGACAAACCCAGACAUUAUGUUCAAACAAAUGAAUAAUAGUAAUAAUACUUUGUAAAAAGACAUACUUUUUCUUACAAACGACUUUUUUCCGAAAAGUACAAAUUUAGAUAGUUUGUUUGUGUACUAUAACAGUGCAUGGUACACCUUAUACAUAAAACGUGUCUUAGGACGCACGUGCCGUCACGA